AUGUCGGAGCUCACGGUGUUCUGUACGACGUACAACACGGGACUGCAGGGCUCGCUCGCCCAGGAGCAGGACCUCGCCUCCUGGCUCAUUCCCGUUCUCCACGAGACGACUCAGGAGAACUACAACCAGCUCCCUGACAUCUACGCGAUCGGCGUCGAGGAGCUCCUCCCCCUUCACCUUGCUUGUGAGCUGCCGAUCCUCUUCCGACAGCUAACAUCAGUCGCCGGACUGAGCUUCGGCGUCCUCGUCGCCCUCACCGACCGCAUCGAGUCCAUCCUCUCGGCUCAUGCCACAAGCAUCUCGCCCGGCCGUGAGCCGGAGCGCUUCCGCCUCGUUUCGCGCACCAGCAGGGUUGGUGUCGCUCUCUGGGUCUUUGCUCGCGAGAAGACUACCCAGGGACGACUCGGAAAGGCCGUCACGUCCUCUGUUGGCCUGUGGCGUCUCGGCCUGGGCAACAAGAGCGCUCUGCGCAAUGAGCAGUACAACACGAUCCUUUCCUCCCUCAUAUUCUAUCCAGGUGAUGCGCUGGCGCAUCCCGUCCAGCCCUUCCAGACUUCGCACCUCUUCAUCAUGGGCGAUCUCAACUACCGCCUCACCAAGCUGCCGAAGGCUGGCGUCUACCCCACCGAGAACGGGGCGACGAAGGACCUCAUCGCCCUCGAGAGGGAGCGCGAGGCCCUCGUCUCGCUCGACACGCUGAAGCACGAGCAGAACCUCGGCAACGUCUUUGGCGGUAUGCGCGAGGGCGACCUCACGCGCUUCGCGCCAACGUACAAGCGUGUGGUGGGUCAAGUUGAAGGGUACAGCAAGAAGAGGAUACCUGGCUGGACGGACCGCAUCCUGUUUGCGUCGCACACGGAUCCGGCUGAGCUGUACAGCCCGAACGCCCCCGAGACGCCCAGCAGCACAACGCAGAUCACGCAGUUCAACUCGGCCCCGGAGCUGACCAUCUCGGACCACAAGCCGGUGUACAUGGUCGUCACUCUUCCUCCGGUACGCCACAACGCGGCGUCGCCAAGCCUUGCUCCCGUCCUGCCCCCUCCGCCGCCGCCCAGCCGACCCCGCCCCGCCGCGCGACCUCGCGAGGAGCUCAUCUUCUGGGACAUUGUUGGCAGUGUGCUGGACCGCCUCAUCGGAUGGCCAUGGACGCUCCUUGUUCUGCUCGGCUUUGGCAAUGAGAAGGCCGGCAUGGGUGUUAGUGCCUUCCUGACGCUGAUCUGGGGUGUGUGGUGGAGCGGUGUCUUCUCCGGCUCCGCUUGA